AUGGAAUAUAAUGGCUAUACAUACGAUAAUAAUGGCAAAAGAAAAGGAAUCACUUAUUAUAAAUGUGCCAAGUCAAACAAUGUUUGUUGCCCUGGUACAGCGAAAAAAAAUGUGGAUGGUUCAAUUGUGGAAAUUAAACCCCACCUACCCACGCAUAUAAGAUCCAUGAAUGAAAAUGGUAAUCUGAUGAAGAUAUUCAAAAAUAUAUUAAAGAAUAGAGCUAAAAAUGAAAAUGUAUCAUUGAAAUCCAUAUACGAUGAAGAAUCGCGAAGGCAUACUGUAGCCGCUGCUUUAUAUCCAUGGUCAAGUGCUGAGAGCAUAAUGCGUUUUGCUAGAAGAUCUUCGUUACCAACUCUCCCACAAUCACUUCAAGAUUUGGCCACACAGUUUGAUGAUGGAAGUUUAAAUAGAUUUACUUGUUGCGAUAUAAUCCUAUUUCAGGGAUGUAUAACUGAUACUGAUGGAAAGAAAAGUGUUAUAUUUGCUUGUCGUCAAUUGAUAAAUCAUGUUUUGGCAAAUAAUAUUACCGAAAUUCAUGCAGACUCAACUUUUAAAGUUGUUCCUGUCAAUAUGGGAAAACAAUUACUGAGCAUUCAUUGCAUGAUUGAAAAUUAUUCCAUCCCAAUAGUAUAUGCAUUGAUGGAAACCAAAAGCAGGAACUCAUAUCAAUGUAUAGUAAAUUUUAUGAAAACCAAUUUAUUUCCGGGACUUAGACCUCGAAUUAUAGUCACUGAUUAUGAAAGUGCACUACGGGACACAUUGCUGACUCUAGGUACAGAAGAAACUAGGGCAAUAGGAUGUUGGUUCCACCAUAAUCAGGCAGUUUGGAAGAAAAUGAAAUCCCUGCAUUACCUUAAUUUGGUCAAUUCGAACACUUUGGCGUUAAAGUCUUUAAAAAUGCUUAUGUCUUUACCUCUUCUCCCAGCCGCAAACAUUGAAGAAGGUUUUAUUCUUAUAAAAUCAUUUGCCAUACACCAUGGUGUUCCUAUGAACAAUCUUUUCAAUUAUUAUCAAAGGUAUUGGAUACAGCGUGUUGGCCCGAAUGUAUUAUCAGUAAAUGGCACUCCACGGAGGACCAACAAUAACAUAGAGAGCUUCCAUAAUGCUCUUAGAUAUAAGUUCUCGGUUACUCAUCCGAGCUUGUGGGUUUUUCUUAGUGAACUUUGUGGACUAAGUAAAAACUACCACAAUAUUGUAAGGCAAUUAGAUAACGGGUUACAGCCAACAAGAAAUUUAAAAUCAAAAUUUCUGAUCAAUUCAAAACGAAUAAAAUUGGCUGUUGAACAACAUGAUGCAGGAAUAAUUAGUAGCUGGCAGUUUUUGGUAAAGUGUUCGCAUUCUUCCACAACAUAUGAAGAAAGGCUAAGGCGUUGGGCAUUGGACAUUGAAGUCCAAGAUAUACUGCAAGAUCAAGAAUGUGAACACGAACAAGAGCAUGAACCAGAAGAACAAGAACAAGAAGAACAAGAACAAGAACACAGACAAGAUAUACAAGUUCAAACAAACUCAACUUGCUUGACUUGUAUGAUAGUAACUGCUGGAAAUAAUGUUCCACAGUACAUUGCUUUACCAUGUGGACACGCAUGGAUAUGUGAAACAUGUGUCUCGAUGUUAAACGAACAAUACCCAAAACGUUGUCCAAUAUGUCGUGCUGAUUGUGACACAUAUCAAAGAAUUUUUUAUGGUUGA